AUGUCAGAGAUAACAGCUUCCCUUCGUAGUUUAACCAUAGCAGAACAGAGAUAUGCCCAGAUAGAGAAAGAACUUUUAGCAAUAGUUUUUGCUUGUGAACAUUUAAACCAAUAUACCUAUGGGCGACAGGUCUCAAUAGAAAGUGAUCAUAAACCUCUUGAAUAUAUCUUGCACAAGCCGCUGUCAGAAGCACCACCUCGCAUAGAAAGACUUCUGAUAAGACUCCAAAAAUAUCAAGUUAUAGUAAAAUAUGUUCCAGGAAAAGAUCUACACAUUGCAGGCUCUUUAUCACGUGCUUACCUCAACAUUUUUGACCAGGAUGAUAGCCUAAAUGAGGACUGCAGCAUUAUGGUCCACACUUUAGUUCAAAAUUUGCCAAUAUCAACAGAUAGACUAAAACAUUUGCAGCACAAAACUAAGGUUGACUCUGUGCUCUCUCAAAUAACAAAAUAUAUAUCUUAUGGUUGGCCCCGAAACCGACAAAUACUCUGUGGUGAAGAAAAGAAAUAUUGGACCAUCAGAAACAACUUACACAUAGCAGAGGGAAUAAUUUUAAAAGAAAACAAAAUAGUCAUACCAACUGAUAUGAGACCCCUCAUAUUAACACAGCUUCACUUAUCACACCUUGGCACCGAAAAGACGAAAGCUAAAGCUCGAAAUGUUGACUACUGGCCAGGACUUAUAAGCAACAUUGAUAAACUAAUACUCAAUUGCCAUAAAUGCCUUAAAUAUCGUAAUAACAACAAAAAGGAAAAAAUCAUUCAACACGACAUUCCUGACUUACCGUGGAGUAAAGUAGGAUCAGACAUAUAUGAGUUGCAUGGAAAAAUCUAUGUAAUUGUUAUAGACUACUUUUCUAAAUUUAUAGAAAACAGUAUCAUUCCUGACAAAACGGCAUUUUCUGGAAUACCUUCAAGUCUCAAUGUUGAUAACAACCCCUACAACAGUACAGAAUUCCUUAAUUUCUCAAAAGAAUAUGGGUUUAACUUUACUCCAUCCAGUCCAAACUAUCCCCAAUCAAAUGGUCUCAGUGAAAUGGGUGUAAAAAUUAUCAAGAAAAUACUAAAAAAAUGCGACAACCCUGAACUUGGUCUUCUAGAAUACCUCAAUAUGCCUCUCACUGGUAUGGACUACUCCCAAUCCCAACUUCUCAUGAACAGAAAAACGCAAACAACCAUACCUGCCCACCAUGACUUACUUAUACCAGCAGUUCCUGUAAAUGCUUAUAGUCAGAUCACCAAGUCCAGAAAUAGUCAAAAACAAUACUAUGAUCGGAACACAUCGGAACUCCCAAAUCUAGUAGCAAACGACACUGCCCAUAUGAGAAAAGAUGAAAAAUGGAAGAAAGUGACAGUUAAAGAAAAAUUAAGAUUACCCAGAUCAUACAACGUGGUAGAUAAGUAG